UCUCUCUCUCUCUUAUCUCUGUAAUUGCCAUUUUCAUCUUUUCCUUCUUCAUCUUUCUCUCUCCCAAAUGGCCGACACCGGAGUAGUCACCGUCUACGGCAACGGCGCCAUAUACGAGACGGCGAAGAAGUCCCCAUUCUCGGUGAAGGUGGGCCUGGCCCAGAUGCUCCGCGGCGGCGUCAUAAUGGACGUGGUCAACGCCGAGCAGGCCCGCGUGGCGGAGGAGGCCGGGGCAUGCGCCGUCAUGGCCCUGGAGCGCGUCCCGGCCGACAUCCGGGCCCAAGGCGGCGUGGCCCGCAUGAGCGACCCACAGCUGAUCAAGGAAAUCAAGCAGGCCGUGACCAUCCCCGUCAUGGCCAAGGCCCGCAUCGGCCACUUCGUGGAGGCCCAGAUCCUCGAGGCCAUCGGCAUCGACUACGUCGACGAGAGCGAGGUCCUGACCGUCGCCGACGAGGAGAACCACAUCAACAAGCACAACUUCCGGAUCCCCUUCGUCUGCGGCUGCCGCAACCUCGGCGAGGCCCUCCGCCGCAUCCGCGAGGGCGCUGCCAUGAUUCGCACCAAGGGCGAGGCCGGCACCGGCAACGUCAUCGAGGCCGUGCGCCACGUCAGGUCCGUCAUGGGCGACAUCAGAGUCCUCCGGAACAUGGACGACGACGAGGUCUUCUCCUUCGCCAAGAAGAUUGCCGCCCCCUACGACCUCGUCAUGCAGACCAAGCAGCUCGGAAGGCUCCCCGUCGUCCAGUUCGCCGCCGGAGGAGUCGCCACGCCGGCCGAUGCCGCGCUGAUGAUGCAGCUCGGCUGCGACGGCGUCUUCGUCGGCUCGGGGGUUUUCAAGAGCGGCGACCCGGCACGGCGGGCCAGGGCCAUCGUCCAGGCCGUCACGCACUACAGCGACCCAGAUGUUCUCGCUGACGUCAGCUGUGGAUUGGGAGAAGCCAUGGUUGGCAUCAAUCUCAACGACGAGAAGGUCGAGAGGUAUGCCAAUCGCUCCGAGUGAGCAAAGAUGAUGGGGAAGGGAAUGAAGUUUAAUGGCGAAUUUAUAUUGGUGAGGCCCGAGAGGAAAAGGGUCUGGAAGGGAAAAAAGAUUA